AUGACGGACUUGAUGGAAAGUACCGAGGGCGAUGAGAAUUUUUCAAUGAUUAUGCACUCUCUAGAUAGUUGCAAGAUCAACAGCAACAUGAACGACAUGGCAUCUAAACCCCACCCACCAGUCACGCGACUCCGGCCACUGCAUUCGCUCCAACAGCCGGGUACCCUAUACUCAGAAACAUCUGGUGAUGAGCCUGAACUCCUGCAUUGGACAAGUUCUCUCGAGGAAAUUCCCGACGGGAAGACAGCCGUCAAAGCCUUUGUAGAGCUCGUAUCACGUGUAGUAGUGCUUGACGACGAUGAGCAAUACUGCAUUCAGGAUUCUACACGAGGUGGUUUCAUCUUGGCUCGCUUCAGCCAUGAUGGAAGUCAAACGUUUGAGUUCAUUGAAUCUACUGAAAUCAAUGACAUCCCGACCGACUUUUCGAUUGGCGAGGGAAAGGCCUUGCAGCUGCACAGAGAUGCAGCAACUGGUCAAGUAGCAUUGACCGCGCAGGCCAAUCUCAUACCUGCUGCAGCUCUUGAUGCCCUGGGCAGAAUCUUGGAUGACCUCAUCCUUGGCCUGACAGGAGAAUGGACACAGCCUUCUGUGCUCAACUUUCCACCAAAGUCUAGACCACUGCCUUUGUGUCCCGAGGAGUCAGAUGAGCCUGCUUUACUUCAUCUGUGGUUCGAGCAGCGAGCUGCAGAAUAUCCCGAUAGAACGGCUCUGGACUUUCUCGUCAGCCUCGAAAGUGGCAAGAGAAUCCAGUAUACCUACCAGCAGGUUGAGAAUGCUGCCAACGCGCUAGCGGUGGAUUUGGUUGCACAGUCACAACCAUCUGCCAAGACAGUUGCCGUCCUCAUAGGACCCUGCCCAGAGCUGUACAUCAGCUACUUGGCUGUUCUCAAGGCUGGCAUGACUUUCUGUCCUAUUCCAGCAGACGCCCCUGAAGAGAGAAAGGCUGCUCUGCUGGAGGAUCUGAAACCAGCCGCAGUUCUGAGUACGUCGGCGCAAUCAGUGUCUGCCAGCAUUCCCACGAUCAAUGUCACUCCAUACCUCGCAGCAUGCGAUACAAUUUCAGCAAGACAACCAUCCUCAUCUAUCAAGGAGACUGAUGCCGCCUACAUCCUAUACACUUCUGGAACCACUGGCAAGCCAAAGGGUGUUGUUGUCAGUCAUAUUUCGGCAGCAUGUACCAUCUCCGCCCUGAGCGCCCACUACGCGUUUCCCUCCCCGGCAUCACCAGAGCCCAUCAGAUGGUUCCAAGGCGCGGCUCCUACCUUUGACAUUUCCCUCUUCGAGAUCUUUUGGACACUCAGCUCAGGCUCAACUCUCUGCUCCGCCCCUCGCGAGUUUACUCUGCAAGACGUUGACAAGACUGUCACAACUCUCGAAGCAGACAUCACCAACAUCACUCCUUCUUUUGCCAACUUGCUGGACCCAGCGUCGCUCCAAGGGCUUAUGGUCGGCGGAGAGACUCUGAACGCACGCCUACUACAAGACUUUGCAGUCCAUAAUCCAACUGAAAAGCACGGCUCUAAACCCCGCGGCAUUUACAACGGAUACGGGCCUACAGAGACGGCCAUCUACUGCAUCGCCCAGGCCCAUGUGCCAGCAGACCAACGAGGCUCCGUCCUAGGAACGCCUCUAGCUACGUGUGGCACCCUGAUCGUUGAUGAGCAGUCGACAUCCCUGAAUCCUGUGCCUAUGGGUGCGAUAGGAGAACUCGUCAUCACCGGUCCCCAAGUGAGCAGAGAGGGAUACCUCAACCGCCCCGACGAGUCAAGCCGCGCCUUCGUCGAUGACGAGAGAUGGGGCAGAGCGUAUAGAACUGGCGAUCGAGCUAGAGUCGUUUGGGACCCUAACGGCGAGCCUGUGGUUGAAUUUCUGGGAAGAAUCUCAAAUGAUCAAGUCAAGCUGAGUGGAAGACGCGUUGAGCUAGGCGAGAUCGACAGCGUCCUGGCCAGCAGAGUCGAGAACGUGCGAGAGGUACUAUCUUGUGUCUGGAAGUCAGAGACUUCUAGAACUGGCUCAGAAAGGGUUGUGAGCCUCGUCGCCUGUUCCGAAUCUGACUUCGAACCUGUCUGCGAAAAAUGUCUCGUGGCUGCGGAACGAUACCUCCCUGACUACAUGAGGCCUUUCAAGAUUCUUAGAGUCGAUGCACUACCAAAGUCUGCAUCUGGCAAGGCUGACCGCAAAGCUGCUUUGACAUACGUCCGAGAGACUCUGAAACAAGGCCACGUCUCGCAUCAGCCAGAAUUUGAUCCAGAAGAACCCCUUUCCGAUCCGGAAGACGCCCAGUUGGAGCAGGAGCUGCUGGCUAUCGUGUCUGACAUUCUCAUUGACAACUCGGUCACUAUCACGGCCACCACUCCGCUCGCCGAUGUUGGCAUGGACAGUCUCCGCGCGAUGAGGCUGUUACGUGAUAUCAGGAAGAAGUGGCCCAGCUCCGGAUCUACAGAACGGCUUCAGCCAUCUUUGGCCUUACUUCUAGACUCUGGAGCUAGCAUCCGCUCCGUAUUCUUCCCCUCCCAGCGAGAUUCAGAUGGCUUGGCCAAGGUGCAGCGUCAACUUGCCGACUUCUCCUCAAGACACAUGAUCGAGGUCCUCGAAAAGCUCAACAUGACCACUGAGGCCGAUGUUGAGAUGGUCUUGCCCGCAACAUGCACACAGAGUCAACUGGCUGUGAGCAUGGCAAUGGAUAAACGCAGUUACAUCAGCCAUUCUGUUCUGAAGCUCAAGCCGGACACUUCGGUCGAGGCUCUGAAAAGAGCUGUCGAGACGGUGAUGACGGAACAGGCCAUCUAUCGAUGUGCAAUGCUUCCUUGUGAUGAUCCACUAUCACCGUUUGCCCAGGUUAUCCUAUCACCCGAGGCAUGGCAGCGAUUGGACAGCAACUCGAACCGGGUCGUCCACAGGAGAGACAGUAUUGGCGAUGUUAAGACCUGGCUCGACUUGGCUGAAGAGAAGAUCUCCCUCGAUUCUCAGAAACUGUACCACGCGCAGAUCAUUGAGCCUGGGUCCGGCACUGGCCUCUUGAUCAUCAGUGUUGCUCACUGCAUUUGCGACGGCGCAUCACUUGAGGCCCUCAUGGGUGACAUCGCCAGGCGGUAUGCUGGAUUGGAACCUCUCCCAAGACAGGGCAUCUACGAAGCGGUGUUAGACUGGGUAUCCAACGUUGAUACUGAGACGGACAACAUUUGGCAAGAGUCACUAAAGGACUGGGAAACCGAGAGUUUUGAUGCUUUGAGCGGCAACGGCGCCAAGGCAUCAGACUCUGAGCAUAGCAUGGUUCAACAUGCCAGCGAUCUCUCGUGGCAAGCUUUGGAAAACAAGAGCAGGGCUUUGAGAACGUCUCCUCUGUCCAUCCUUCAAGCCUCUUGGUCUUUACUCUUGCAACUGUUCUCCGAAGCAGACACGGGGGAUGUUGUCUUUGGCAGCGUCAUAUCAGCCUCUCAUCUGCCUGCCCACGCACCCACCUUUUCUGUGGUUCCCUGCCGCGUAGCCCUACCUGAGACGCAAACCAUCAGCGAACUUGUCAGAAACCUUGCAUCCUCCUCGAGGUUGGCGCAGAGUCAUCGACACACAUCAUUUGGCAUCUUCAAGACCCUGCCGUACAGCACUGCCCUGGCCUUGCAAGCAUACCCUCAAUCUGAUAAUGAGCUAGUCCCUGUCCCUUGGACUGAGAUCCAGAAUCCAGCCAUCCGUUACGACUUUGCCAUGUUUGCCGAGGUCUUGCCUUACUCUCGGGGCAAAGUUGAUAACAUGACGUUCAAGCUCACAUACCGUGGGGACGCCCUCUCAGCGCCCUCGGCGACAUGUAUCGUGAGGCAGUUUGCAGCACUUACGGAAACCAUACUCGGUUCACUCCCUGAGGAAAUGGUUCAGAAACUGCCGGCACGCCUGCCCAGGAGCUUGCUUUCUGCGGAAGGAACAGUUCCGGUUGCAAAGCCAGAAGGGGUCAAGGAUCGAGCAGAGCUACUACACUCCCAAUUCGAGGACCAAGCCGUGUCAACUCCUGACCGUUUGGCCUUGAGCUUCCACACGUCCCUAGAUACGCCUCCAGUGGAGAUGAGCUACGCAGAGCUAGACGCUAGAGCCAAUGGCUUAGCAAACAUCUUGCGCGAGGAAGACAUUGACAUCAUCCCCAUCUGUCUCCAACGCAGCGUUGAACUCUACGUCGCCAUCUUGGCCAUCUUGAAGGCUGGCUUGGCCUGGUGCCCAAUUGAUGAUACGUCCCCUGUGCAGAGGAGGACUUCGCUGAUCGCUCGGACCCAGAGCAAGGUAUUGCUCACAACCACUGACUCAUUGCAUUUGGUCCAGCCUUGCCUCGACCACGAAAGUCUUGAAGGCAUGCGUGUCAUUCUCCUCGACCGGUAUGCCGAUCACAAGUCCUCAACAAGACCCGAGCCACGCCGCAGCGUCAUGUCUUCCGGCGGCCUCAGCGGCAAAGAUUUGGCCUAUCUUCUGUGGACAUCAGGCACCACUGGCGAACCAAAGGGAGUCAUGAUUCAGCAUUCUGCGGCGGCAGAAGCCAUGCGCGACCUUCAAGUCCAAGUUGAGCAUGACGAAAACACCGAGCAAGUACGCACGCUGCAAUUCUGUGCCUACAGCUUCGACGUCUUUGUGCAGGACCUCUUCUACACCUGGGGUCUGGCAGGCAGCGUCAUCAGUGGCACAAGAGAACUGAUGCUUGGAACGUUUGUCGAGUUCAUCUGGAAAUCCUGUCCCACUCAUGCUCAUCUCACCCCGUCCUUUGGUGCGAGCAUCGAUGUUGAAGAGAUCAGGGGAUCGACUUUACAAUAUGUCACCUUCAUUGGCGAGAAGCUUACAGAAGACGUCGCCGAGGCAUGGGCGGCCCCUGGUAUCACUACUCGCGCGUACAAUACCUACGGCCCAGCCGAAAAUGCUGUCGUUUCUACCCUGAGACGCUUCUAUGGUAGGAGCAGGGAUCAGGCCAAGGCUGCCAAUGUUGGCUUCCCUCUCACAAACUGCACGGCCUACGUCGUUCGCGAGGUUGACAACCGCUGGGAACUCGUCCCUCGAUACGGAGUCGGCGAGUUAGCUCUGGGCGGCGCGCAGGUCGCAAAGGGAUAUCUAGCAAACGAAGCCAAAACGACAAAGGCCUUUAUCCAGGGAGGUCCCGGCAUUGACGAGCGCAUCUACCUCACAGGAGACAUGGUGCGUCUCAACGACCACGGCUUCGAGUUUCUGGGAAGAAACGAUGACUUGAUCAAGAUCACUGGCGUCCGCAUUGAGCUGAGUGAGAUCGGCGCUGCCUGUGCGAGCGUGAAAGACGAGGAGGCGGCUGUCGAGCACGUCGAGACGCUGUAUCUCCCGCGACCAGGUGACAACAGCAACAAUAAAGUUGUCGUCACCUUUGUCUCUGUCAAGAAAGCUGCUGUCGACACAAACAGCAUCAUGACACAGGUCUUCCAGCGGGCCAGAGAUUUGCUGCCUACGUACAUGGUACCUGGACACGUCGUGGUGCUCGAAACCACGAUGCCGAGGACAGCCUCCAACAAGGUCGACCGCAAGGCUCUGCAAAAGAUUUACGAGGAGUCGGACCCAAGUACUUUGGUUGCAAGAGAUGGCUCUGCGGAGUCUGACGGUCAGCAUACAAAACUGCAAUGGACCGAGGUGCAACUCUCUGUUCUCCAGAUCAUCGCCGACCAUUUCCAGGUGGCAGCCGAGUCAUUGGCUCCAGAUGAUAGCUUGGCCUCAUUGGGUUUCAGCUCUCUGCAAGUCACCAAGCUGGCGUGGUCUCUGAGGCGACAGCUGAAUCGCAUGAUCGGGGUUCUAGAUCUAAUGCGGUGCCGAUAUCUCGGCGAAUUGGUCAACGUUGUUGUCGGCAAGCAGCCACAUCAGCCGGAGCAGCCUAACGGUGUGUUGACACCAGAAGCUCCCUCCUGGAUAGCUUCUAUCAAGGACAAGUUGACCAGCAAUCUCCGCGGUGAUAUGCGGCCUCAAGACACGCUGUACAUCCUACCAGCGACCCCAGUGCAGGAAUCACUCAUCGUGGAGACGAUGCUCGAGCCUAAAGCGUACUGGGCCCAUCGUGUGUUUGAUCUGAGCCACCUGGGCGAGAUUGAUGGCGAUCGAUUGAAGAAGGCAUGGACCGAAGCAGCCCGGCAAUUCGACAUUCUUCGAACCAUUUUCGUUCCUCUCACAUCGCUGAAGACAGAGGAUCAUGCAAACACCGUCACGUGGUCCUCUCAAAUCGGCCUCCAGUCCACGAUCCUGCAAAUUGUUCGGCGCGAGCCAACUGUGGGCUGGACUUGGCUAUCUAAGGACAAAGACCAGGAUCUGGCCAGCUGGGCCGAGAAGCUGCAGAUGGAGCUCACGCCGACAAGAACAAUUCAGCCCCCUUGGUCUGUCACAUUCACUGAGGGCAGUGGCAAGUUGAUGCUGAGCAUGCAUCAUGCGCUCUAUGAUGCUGUGGCUUCAGAGAUCCUCCUCGACACUGUCGCGAAGCUUUACGAGGAGCAAGUUCAGGACAUCUCGGACAGCGUCUUACAACUUGAGAGGGGUAUGGAGCUAGGUCUUCUACCAACCGCUUUCCAGCGGAACGAGGCUUCUUCAUUGUGGAACAGCCAUCUAGCCAACCUCAGGCAGUCGGUUGGAGCCUUGAACGCCCCGUUCCCCGACCUGACGCAAUCUCGGCAGAAGCAAGCACAGAGAAUCCUCAGCUCCAAGAGGCAAAUCCCUCAUGCAUUUACAUCUGCUUCACCAGCCCUCCCAACGUUGCUUCAAUCCGCAUUCGGAUGCAUUCUUGCUUCAUACUUGGAGCUCAAGGCCGUCAUGUUCGGCCAGGUCGUGUCGCAGAGGAUCCUACACCCAGAUCUCGCCCGCGUCAUGGGCCCUGCUAUGGUUACCAUUCCCGUCGUGAUUCGAGGCAACGCCUCUUCAGCCGAGGAGCUCUGGAACGAGAUGGCGCGCGACUCGUCCAAGCUCUUCCGGAGCGCACAUGCCCUGCAUCCCGUGGACAUCAAGAAGAUGCUCAAUGAGAGCAGUGGUAGUAGCAACGCCCCCUUCCCAGGCCUCUUUGUGUACCACCCGACUACUGAGGACAAUACCACGCAAAACAUGUUCCGGGAGGAAGGGCAAGCUCUGUCGCUGAACGUGGAACAUCCCCUUGCCCUGAACAUCUUCGAGGCCGACGGCACCAUUGAACUCACCGGCGACGGGCGUCGCAUCUCGCAAGCACAGCUUGAUCUGAUGAUGGAUCAGAUCUUCGGCCAGGCACAGGCUAUGCUGGAGUUACCCCAGCUGCCUCUCGAAGAACUCCAGAAUAAAAUGGAUCGCAGUCUCAUUUCCAUCAGUGGUCAAGCCACCUCGGAUUACGUCGAUACGCUCAACCCAACCGAGAGACUCUCUCUGCAUGCAUCGCAGCAUCCUGAAUGGAUCGCUGCCGAAGAGGUCAUUUUCCAAGAGUCGGACGAAGAUCAAGAUGAGAUCGUGACCAAGACUAUCACCUACGCCCAGCUGGACACUCUCACCAACGCCAUUGUCUCCAAGCUCGCAUCUCACGAGUCCCGUCUUCAACCCGACGACGUUGUUGCUCUGUACAUGAGCAGAGAUCUCGAGUCGCUUGCAGCAACCCUGGCCAUCUUCAGGGCUGGCUAUAUCUAUCUCCCCGUUGAUGAGGAGUUGCCUUUGGAGCGAAAGAGGCUCCUCAUCCGCGACGCCAACGCAAAGCUCAUUGUUACCACGGAGGAACUAGUCGGGGGCCUGGACUUGAACCUCGACAGCGAUCCAGCGGCGUUGCUGAUCCCAGACCUCGACGCAAUACUCUCUUGGCCCGUUUCUCAGAUACAGCUUGAACAAACCGGCGACGGUGGCUACCUUCUCUAUACAUCGGGUUCCACGGGCCGUCCCAAGGGCGUUCGCGUUUCCAACAAGAGCCUUUGUCACUUCAUUGCCUCUUUCAGCGCCCGCUUGAUCGAGUCAUCACCUAGCACGGCCAACCUCGGAGGCGCCGGCAAGUAUCUCAACCUCACGUCCCGAGCUUUCGACCCCCACCUUACACAACUCUUCGUACCCUGGAACCUGGGCUAUCGCGUCGUCAUUGGCAAGGACCGUACAGCCAUGAUAGGUAGCAUGAAAGAGGUCAUCAGCCAGCUGGGAAUUACGCACUUUGGCUCUGUGCCCUCCGUCUUGACUCAACUUGGACUUCGGCCCGAGCAGGUACCUUCAGUCAAAGUGAUGACCACCGGCGGAGAAAAGGCUUCCAGCGAGCUUCUAGACCUGUGGUCGAGUCACGAAGAGGGACAACAACAGGAACCUGUUCUCUUCAACUUCUACGGACCAACUGAAGUCACCAUCGGCUGCUUGGGCCACGCUGUGAACCCCGACUCUAACGCCCGCAAUCUCGGACUUCCGCUCCAGGGCCUUGAAGCUCUGCUCUUGUGUCCUGACACUGGGGACAGACAGGUCAUUGCCAAGAGAGGACAGCCCGGCGAACUCUGCAUCGCCGGCCCGCAGGUCGCCAUGGGCUAUCUGGAUAGACCUGCCGAGAACGCCAAGAGCUUCCAGACCACCACGCUACUGGGUGGUGGUGAGAAGAGAAUGUACAGAACAGGCGACAUGAUGAGGAUGAUGCACGACGGCACCCUCGAGUUCCUAGGUAGAGCGGACCAACAGGCCAAGAUCCGUGGUCAAAGACUCGAACUCGACGAGGUCGUCUCUUUCCUGAAGCAAGCUGCUGCAGGCGAGGGUGAUCUUGACUUUGCCGCUACCGUGGCUGGUAAUGGUACUGACAGCUCGCAGCAGCUGUUGGGAUUCGUGGCCCGGAAGGCGACAAGCCUUCUAAAGGGCGAGAUUGAAGCCGAGGUCGAGGGCUUGAGGAACCAAAGCCAGGCGAUGGCGGCACUUUUGGAGAGGAUACAAAAGAAGUGUGAGGAAGGUCUCCCAGCCUUUAUGGUGCCUGCGUUGCACUGGGUCUCGAGGAUUCCCUACUUGGCCGCCUCGGGGAAGGUCGACACCAAGCAGCUGGCCAAGUUGGCAACUGAAAUCCUCAAUUUCCACGAAGAACCCGCGUCUACAUACACUGAGGACACUCUUAGUCCUAGAGAGUUGGCCGUCGUGGAUGCCGUGGAGGAGGCUGUGGGCGUUAAUGUCAAGGCCACGGCAACAAGCAGCAUUCAUCGCCUGGGCAUCGACAGUCUCUCAGCUGUUCAUCUGCUAUCCCUUCUGAGAGUCCGAGGCUUUCCCAAUCUCAAAAUGGCAGAGAUUCUGUCAUCUUCGAGCACAGUGAGAUCCCUAGCUCGGCUUGCCGACCAAGACUCGAGCAGCACAUGGCCAACGGUAGACGCGCCGCAAGAGGUCAACACAGCCACGACAGUGGAUCUUGGCCCACUUCCUGCCGGUCUCAGUACUGAAGACAUCGAAGCUGUCUUGCCCUGCUUGCCUCUGCAAUCCGCCCUUGUCGCCCGGUCUCUGGUUUGGCUAAGUGCCAACAGCGUGGACGACGAGGACAAGGACGUGCCGUACGUGGCACAGUUCCAAUACCGUCUCUCCCGCGGCACAGAUGUCGCUAGAUGGAAGGAAGCAGCAGAGCGAAUCAUUGCAUCUGAGGCCAUGCUGAGAACCUGCUUCGUUCAGCGAGAAGAUGAUGUUCGGAUCCUGCAAGUUGUCCUCAAAUCGCCUCCCUCACCGUUCGACGGCGGAGAAGAUCUAGCCGACAUCGUGGCCCAGAUGAACGUACGACCACCAAUCAGGCUACAAAUUGGAGCCUCAGAUGAUUCCGGCGAAACGGUCGUCUCACUGAAGAUCCACCACGCCUUGUUCGAUGGAGUGGCUAUCGACGUGCUUCGGAAGAGACUGGAGCAGAGCUACAGCGGACAGGACACCAUCGCUAGCACAAGUCUCAAUGCAUUGACGAGUCUUUCUACUCAUUGCAAUCUCUCGGAUGCGCAGAUGGAAUCGACAAAGAGCUCGUGGCAGGCAAGGCUACACGGUUUGCGACCGUGCCGUGUUGGAGCCGACAACAACAACAACGGCGCCAUGGCUCGUUCAAGUCUGUCUCUUGGCUACACAGUUUCUCAACUCAAGACCAAGCUACAGUCUCAAGCAACUGACAUGCCCGUGUCAGUCUCUUCCGUCUUCCAGUUAGCGACUGCCCUCUGUCUAGCUCAGGUUACUCGGCAAACAUCCAUCAUAUACGGUUUCGUUUUGUCGCUGCGGCCUCUUCUCGACCAUGUCGCCCCAGGUGUGGAAAGUUUCGUCGGUCCGUGCCUCAACACUUUGAUCCAGACUCUCAAUCUCCAAGGGAACGAGGCACUACCCGCGAUUGCCAGGAGAGUCCACGAGGCACACAUUUCCGCCUGCCAGGACGCGAUGCCGCUUGUCGCUGUGGAGAUGGUACAGCGCUGGUCUGGAUCCGAAGAUAAGCUGUUCGAUAGCUUGCUCAGCAUCAACGUUGUCCCUGAGCAGGAGGCGAAGCUUGAGCCAGGGCAGAUGAGUCUUGUGCGUACCCAGAGCAAGAGUGAUCUGGCGUUGGCCAUUGAUGUCGAUCUACAUGCCGAUGGCAAGAUCAGCCUGACGCUUUCAUCGGGCGGUGCGCUCACAGAGUCACAACUGGAUGACAUUGGCCAGUUGUUCGAGAAGAUCGUGGGCAGCUCUACCGGCGAGAAUGCAAGAGUCGAGGACUUUGUCUCGGUGCAACUCGGGGCAAACGCGUCUACUCCCAUUUCCUACGAGUCCCCUGCUGCAAUUGUGUCAGAGCCAAUUUCGACAGACAAAGGCUAUCAAGAGUCCUUGGUCUGCGUGAAGGGAAUUGCCAGUCGUCUCCUGCAUCUGAACGCGGCAGACAUAUCGGACAAGACCUCGCUGUAUCAGAUUGGGCUGGACUCCAUCACCAUUCUUCCAUUCGUCAAGCUCAUCAACAGGGAAGAGAAGAUCAAGCUCUCUCCUGAUGCAGUCAUCAAGGCUCGAACCAUCCAAGGCACCGCAAGACUUGUUCAAGAAGCAAAGGCUGAGGCCAUCCGCCCCGAUGAGAGACAAGAUGCGCAGGAGACACCUGAAAACAAGAGCGUCAGCGAGCAAGACGCGUACGACAAGACUCUACAACGACUGGCCAAGGACCUCAUGUUCGUGGCGACGCCCCUCCAGGAGGGCAUGCUCAGCGCAUCAUUGGCCAUUGAGGACAAGGCUUACACUUACGUCCAUACCAUCCAACUCUCCGAGCGAGCCCUCGCUGCGGAUACUCCCAGUCUGGACAACUUCUUCGCCGCAUUCAAUGAUACGGUGCAUGCCUGCGAGAUUCUGAGGACGCGCUUCCUAUUCACAGAGGACGACGAGGCACCAUGGGUUGGUAUCGUGUCCCCCACCGAACAGAGCGAUCUUGUCAGUUGCGAGGUAGUCAAGACCGGCAGGGUGCAACUAAGGAUUCACCAUGCCCUGUACGACGCAACUUCGAUCCAGGCUCUAUGGUGUAUCCUGGGCGACAACUAUCGCAAGCGACUCCAGGGACAUGAUCAAGACGGUACACUGCAUUUGUUCAGGCCCUUUGCACAGACGGUCGCCACCACUCAGCGAGCCUCGGUCGCCUUCUGGACCAACCUGGUUCAAGAUUACAAAUACACACCACUCGAUUUCCCCGAAGACUCACUUCGGGCGUCAUCCGCUUUUCAUUUUACGCUAGGUGAGCAGGAUCUGGCGCUUCUACAGAAAAGAUGCAGGGAACAUAGCGUCACGGUCAAGGCGGCGCUUCAGCUAGCUUGGGCCAAGGUUCUUUGUGAGUCCCUGUAUCGACAGGGAGAUGUCGUCUACGGAGAGGUCAUCACCACUGGCGGCGGUUUCGCUGACGAUGCAAUGCUUGGCCCUACCAUCAACACAGUGCCCAUGAGGAUCAACUUGGCGAAUCAGGGGACCGCCGUUGGCGUUGCAGAGGCACUGACUCGAGUGCAAAGGCUGAACGACGAGGUGAAGGGUGACAACUCUAUGGCGUCUCUCAGAAAGAUCCAGACACUAUGGAGGUCUUCAAGCCAAGAUGCCGCUGCGACCUUGUUCCAGAGUCUGUUUGUGUUCGAUGGUGUUGUGGGAUCUGCAGAGACCGACGGCGACGAACCGUUGUUCAAGCCUGCUCAAACACAAGAAGAGGACAAUGGACCAGCCUAUGACGAAUACCCUCUUAUCGCCAGCUUCCAGAUCAAGAACAGUGCCCUUCGUGGUAAACUGAGAGCCAAGAUGGCACCAGAGGAAGUGAGAGCCUUGGGAAGUCGGCUCGAGGCUGCGGUGAGAUACAUCAUUGCAGGUGAGCCAGAGAGGCUGGUGCUGGAUAUGAGCCUCGUGAAGGAGCACGCUAAGAAAGAGCCUGCUCCGAACGGAAGGAGUCCAAGCGACAAAGUUGAUCUGAACGGCUUAGCCCCAACCGCCGAUGCCGUUCUCGAGUUGGUCAAGAAGGUGCUCGAUACAAGAUGCAAAGGCAAACACAUCGACUACGACACGAAUCUGGUCAAUGUCGGUCUUGACUCAAUCUUGGCCAUUCGCCUGUCAAAGCUCCUAAGGAAGAAGAUGGGGAUCGCCAUGAGCGUCUUCGACAUCAUCAAAGGCGCCAGCGUCCGCGACAUGGCCAAGAGAAUGACCUCAACGCCGAAGGUCGCGGCACAGAAACCGAAACCGCAGUUGUUGGCCCAAGAGGAAGAACACAAGGAGUUGGUGGCGAAGCAUCUCGGGAUUACGAAGGAGAAUAUCAAGUCCGUCCUUCCAACUCUCACAGGGCAGCGUGCGCACUUGGAGCAGUGGCUACACAACGGCAAGAGAUUCUUUGAGGCUCCUUGGGUAUACCGAGUUGACGACACCAUUGAUGCACAGAGAGUUGCGGGCUGCUGGGCUGAACUUUGUCGAGUCCACGAAAUUCUCCGGACGACAUUCGUCUGGACAGGCAAGGCCUUGGUCCAAGUUACUCUGAAUGAGCAGGAGGGACGGGGAUUUGCAACACUCAAGGACAUGUCAAAGACCAUCCAAGCCUUGAUCGAAGAACAUGUCGGGGAGGAAAAUGGCAAGCCGUCAGACUUCAGGCAGCCUCCUGCUCGUCUCUCAUUCCUGGAGGCUUCAGACGGAAAGGCAGUUGUGCUUCGACUGCAUCACGCGCUGUACGACGGAUGGAGUAUCAAAAUGAUUGAAAAGGACUUGAAUGACCUCUUGGACGUUGGCAAGGCGGUGGAGACUCGCAUGUCUCUCGGGGACGCAGUUGGUCAAAUCAGAGACAUCAGACAAGCUGAUGCUGAACAUGCGUACUGGAGAAAUCACCUCUCGCACGCUCAAGACACUGUCCUCGCCGGCGAUACAUCGACAUCAGAGCAGAAGUCGCCGUUUGGCAGGCACUUCAAAGCCAGCUAUUCCGAUGUCAUCCCCAGGAAGGUCAUCAAGCGCAAUGCACGCACAUCAGCCGCCAUUCUCCUUGCCUACGCAAAGGCACUGGGUCAUCUCACAGAGCGCUCCCAUCCCACAUUCGGCCUGAACCAUGCUUCGCGAUCUCUUUCUUCCGCAGACGGGAUGCAAACUCUCGACUUGACAGGCGCGAGCGCGCCGACUCUGUCCGUUACGCCGUGUUGCGUGGAUCUGGAGUCUGAGAACCCGCUAGACUCUGUGCAGGAUUAUUUGGCGCAGCUCACCAAGUUUUCACAGGCAGAUGGGGUGCAGAGAUUUUGCCCAAAGUUCAACUCGUACCUCAACAUCAUCUACACUGGAGAAAACGCCAAGAAUGUGCACGAAGCCCAGGCACUCAGAAGGCUUAGGCUCAGCGAACCCCUGGCUUCGGAUUACUUCACUGUCACGGAGCCGUCGUUAUCCACUGUAUCGACGAUCGAGGGUCUCGAGACGUCCCACCUAUGUCCGCACCAGUUCUUCUUCACUGUCAUUGUUGGUCAGGAUCAGGAUGCCAAAGUAUCAGUCACUGGUGUUGACGUGGGAGACCGGGCCAUGGUCAAUAAAUUAGUGCUACAUUUCGGAGCUGAGUUGGAAAAAAACGAUUGA